AUGGCGUUUUCGUCGAUCGCCACCUUGAAGGUUGAUCGAAGUAGCCCCCAGCCCAAGCAGGGCAUCAAGCGCAAGGAGGGUGAAGGUUCGGAUGAGCGCCCUGUCGACCCCGGCGCCACCACCGCGCUGCUCAUCAAUGAGCUGAACUGGUGGACGACUGACGACGACAUCCGCGGUUGGGCUGUUCAGGCCCAAUGUGAGGCUGAACUCAAAGACAUUACUUUCAGCGAGCACAAGGUUAACGGCAAGAGCAAGGGACAAGCUUAUGUCGAGUUCACGUCCCAGCAGGCCGCCACGGCGGUCAAGCACCGCAUCGAGUCACUGGCCAACGAGCCGAAUCAGCCGGCGUCGAAGCGUCCCACGGCGAUUUACAACAAUCCGUCGUUCAACCCUUUCCGGACGCUGCCCAAGGACACCCCCAACCGGGGCGGCGCUCCCAGAGAUGGCCAAGGUGGUGGUCGUCCUCCUGUUGGCCCAAACCACAAUGAUUCGCAGCGCCCGAACAGCUACCAGGGCGGCAACAACGGCUUUGGUGGUGGCGGUUACCGCGGUAGAGGUGGUUACACUCCUCGUGGUCAGAUGAACCGCGGUGGUUAUAGCAAUUACCAGGGCGGCAUGAACAACCAGUUCAACCCCGGUAACAACAUGGGCUUCAACGCUGGCGGUGGCGGUGGCGGUGGCGGUGGUUAUGGUGGUGGCGGGUUCAACAACAGAGGUGGAAUGGGCAUGAUGGGUCGUGGUGGUGGCAUGCGCGGUCGCGGUGGUGGCGGCGCUGGAAAUGCCAUGGGCAUGAUGCCCAUGAACCCCAUGGCUGGCGGUGGCAUGAUGGGAAUGGGUGCUGGUAUGAACCCCAUGAUGAUGGGUGGUGCUGGCCCAAUGGGUAUGGGUGGACCCAUGGGUGGUAUGCCUGCCUUCCAAGGGAUGGGCAACCAGUUUUCCCAGCCGUUCGGGUUUGGUGGAGGUUCGGGUGGUGCUGGUGGGUUCGGUGGCGGUGGGAACAGCCAAGCCCAGAAUCCGCAUGGUGCGAAGCGUCCCCGGGGGGAGUAGGACUCCUCUCCGGGCGUUUCUGGACAACAGGGUCGUGGAGGAGGUGGUGCUGAUGGUGCUCCUGGCGGCAACGGACGUGGCGGUCAGGGCCAUGGCCGUGGUGGUGGUGCUGCCGGUGCUGGUGGUGUUUGUCCUCGCCGUCAGAACGAGGGUUAAACACCUGGCGCAUUGAGGCUGCUGGAGAUGGAAGUUUGAGGUUGGAACGAACUGAUCAUCGCGACUUAUUCACAGCACAGCACAACGGGGUGGUUUUUUUUGUGGGAAGUGUAUCAACAUAUUGCAACAUGGGCUUCUUUCUUCGCGAUCUUUUUCCGGCUUUCCCCCUUCGCCAUCGCCAAAUCGCCAAUCAAUCUCUCGACUUUGCCACCCGACCCCCCUCGUCAUCGCCAAACCUCCUCCUCCUCUUAUACCCUAUGUCGAACGGCGUUCUCCCAAAUCCGGAGGAAUACUUAGUAGAGUAAGGGAAAGGAGGAGUGGUGGUGCGGCAAGGGGUCGUUGUUGUUUUGAGAUUUGGUCUUCGACAUGGCGAAGUUCUUUCAUCUCAACACUUGGCAAAAAUUUGUUUGCCAAAGAAAAAAAUCGCUCGGCAACGAAGAAGAUUUUGAAGUUUUUUUUUUCGCUCGGAAACAAUCGCUCUGGAUGGUUUGCGGGCGUGGCAUUCUCAAAAUUUUGCGUUUGCAAGCGCUGGGGUUGGGGAGAGCUGGGAUGAUGGGGGAAGGAUAUGUUUUUACGUUUCUUUUUUCGCUUUUCUUCUUACAAUAGCUCGACACACAGUUUGAGAAACCAGGGCUAUUUUUUAUUUAUUUUGUGGGUUUUUGUGAAAUAUGGGAGGUUGGAGUUGGGAAAUAGUUGGCUUGAGAAUAUUAAACUGAUCACCAACAUACGACAUUUGCCUGGCAACCAUAGCCCAAAAGAUCGAAAAAUGGAGUUGGUGGUAGGGUGUUUAGGGCUGAAUAAACUGGUUAAUUUGUUUUAUUUUUGAGUUUCGCUGUUUAUGAUUGGGGUGAGGAUGAGAGAUGUGGUGAAGUGCUUUGGAUGUGUUUUCAUGAUUAUUGUUGCUCACGGAUGGUGUUGUGUAAGCAGUGUGGUUUUUGAUGUGGUGGGAGUAGCUAUACGUUGGGUGUAUGAUUGAGUGGAAGGCAGAACCUUAGAAUGUGAGUCGAAUAUGACCGUUAAAGUAUCAAAAGGAGAUUGGGUAAAUAGAUAGGACAUGUGGGAUAUCUUCUCAGGAGGUGCUUGGAGUUCAGUUGACAAUUAUAGAACAGGGGGGCUCAAGAGAUGUGGAAAAAACAGCACUUGUUGUUAUUAUCUGCACUGUAGGUAGGCUCGGUGAUGCAAAGGCAUAUAAGUGAGGGUUCAACGGUGCUUAUUCCAGGGAGC